GUUAGUGUUCUCAACGACAAGAAAAUAUCGGUUAUUUGCGUCCCCUUCCACCGCCAAAACCGGCCGCCGGCCAUCUCUCACGCCGUCAUUCGUCGGCCUUCGCGAUUUGCGCGUUUCUCCGUGGGGCUCAUUCGCCUCUUUCGUCCUCGUCUCGACGAGUAGCUGGAAAUCACUUGGAAAGGAAAGAAAUGUUGGACCUCAACGUGGAGUCUUUGGGGGAGCCGACGGUUAUCGAAGAAAGGGCAUUUACCGAAGUUACCGAUGGUAGUACGCUGGUGGUUGCCUCGGAGACGUCCGAAUCAUCCGUCCUUAACGCUGAGGCUUCCGCCAAUGCUCCGGCCGACGAAGACUCGUGCUCUAUCGUGCCGGUUGCCGUCACUGCCUUCAGAUUUGGUAUCUUGAAGAGCUCCGAAGGCAAGAAUGAUGUGGAGAUAGAGGAGGAUAGAAACGAAUUUUCCAAGGAGUCACGCAUAGUCACCAAGCUGCUGUUUCCUCCGGAGUCGGCAGUAGUUGUGGCGCCUUCCUUGCCGUCAUCAUCAAGAUGGCAGUGGAUGGAUCAUACACAAGCUGGAGUUUGUCAACCGCAUCCAUGGCAGCAACAUCAACGGACACAGGCACAGGCACAGGCACAAACACAGGCACAGGCACAGCCAGAUCAACAGCAACCGAAGAAGGGUAGGAGAGGGCCUAGAUCAAGAAGCUCUCAGUACAGGGGCGUCACGUUCUACCGGAGGACAGGAAGAUGGGAAUCUCAUAUCUGGGAUUGUGGAAAGCAGGUAUAUUUGGGUGGUUUUGACACUGCUCAUGCCGCUGCAAGAGCAUAUGAUCGAGCUGCCAUCAAAUUCAGAGGACUUGACGCUGAUAUUAAUUUUACUCUCAGCGACUACGAGGAGGAUAUGAAACAAAUGAGAAAAAUGACUAAAGAAGAAUUUGUGCACACACUUCGGAGACAAAGCAAUGGAUUUUCUAGGGGAAGUUCCAAAUAUAGAGGGGUGACUCUUCACAAGUGCGGUCGUUGGGAAGCUCGAAUGGGGCAGUUGCUAGGAAAAAAGUACAUGUAUCUUGGGCUAUUCCACAGCGAAAUAGAAGCUGCAAGAGCUUAUGACAAGGCAGCUAUCAAAUGCAACGGGAGGGAGGCUGUGACCAAUUUCGACCUGAGUACCUACGAGGGAGAACUUUUUACUGAGGUUGACAUUGAAGGCCCUAACAUCGAUUUGAACUUGAGAAUUUCUCAACCUUCUAUGCACAGCCGAAAGAGGGAUCAAAAUCAGCAAGAUUUUCUGUUCCAUGAUGCCUCAUUGGAUGUCGCUAAGAAGGUAAAUUGAGUAACUUGUAACUAUUGUAUUUUUUUUUUUACUAAACUAGCUGUUACUUCUGUGGUCGGAUGGAUUGUUGGUGUUGAUCCAACAAUUGGAUCCAGUUAAUUAGUUCGAUGUUAAUUUGGUGGCUCGAAUAAAU